CCGGAUGCUCGGUUCAUGCGGACCAAUGUGCCCAAUUGGAUUCGCUUGCGCAAAAAACGAAAAAUCAGCAAAAACGAAAAAAAAAAAGAGAAAAAAAAUGGAACCUGCAGCCGCAGGCCACGUUUCGCUCGGCUACAGUGACAUAAGAGACGUCGAUGAUCAUAUCCUACGCAAUAACAUUCUGUUAAAUCUCGUCUUAGACGUGAGUACUGAAUAAGAAAGCGCAUUUCUCUGCUAGACGCCGUACGCCCAUGUUACCGAGGUAGAAAUUACGAACGCUCACAUAAUGGAUUACACGCGUCCGCGUCCGUCAGAUUUGCAUCGGUGAUUGAGCUAUAUGGGCACAGACUUCCUGAGGUUAUCACAGAGUGUAGACUACCUUGAACUCUGACCCCCCAGGGAUUAAGUUCUACGUCUAUUCUAACGUAUAGAAAUACGUGCGCGUUACAGUCUGACGAUCCGGUGAUUAAUAUUAUCGAUAAAUUCGGGCGAUAAGUUAUAGUGCAGUGAAACGAAAAGGAGAUCUAUAACUUUGAGGAUGGUCUAUCAGUGGAGAGAAGCAAAAUAAUGAAGCCCGAACGAAUUCUCAUUCUCUUUUACCUCGCGUCUUACUUCCGUGUGACGAGGGGUCAAUCCUUCUUCGAUUUCAUACGGAAUUACGGGCAACCGAGUAACAAUAUUCCUUCAGGGAACAAAGCGGAAACACCGACCUAUGACUUCAUCGUCGUAGGGGCCGGAUCGGCGGGUUCGGUAAUUGCCAAUCGGCUGUCCGAAAAUAGGAAAUGGAAAGUCCUCCUUUUAGAAGCAGGCAAAGCCACGAACAUCCUCAAUGAUAUUCCGGUAUUCGUGAGCUACUUCCAGAUGACCGACUACAACUGGGGCUAUAAAGUCGAGCCUCAAAAAAACGCAUGCCUGGGAAUGCAUAACAGACAAUGUUCCUGGCCAAGGGGAAAAGCUUUGGGAGGAACGAGCACCCUGAACUACAUGGUUCACACCAGAGGAGGGAAACUUGACUUCGACAACUGGGCCGCGAUGGGCAACGAGGGAUGGUCAUACGAGGAUCUGUUACCCUACUUUAAGAAGAGCGAGCGAUUCAACAUACCGCUGCUAAAUAAUUCGACGUGGCACAACCGGGAAGGAAAUCUGUGCGUAGAGUACGUGCCAUAUCGUACGCCAUUAUCCAAAGCCUUUUUGCAAGCCGGAAAGGAGAUGGGCUACGAUAUCGUCGACUACAACGGCGAAGAUCAGAUCGGAUUCUCUUACAUCCAGGUGAACAUGGACAAAGGGACGAGGUGCAGCGCCGCCAAGGCCUAUCUUCGGGUGCAAAGGAGCAACCUGGACGUCAUGACAGGCGCCCGAGUAACCAAAGUGCUCGUCGACGAGAAUAACCGCGCGUACGGCGUCGAGUACGUCAGGGACAAACAGUGGCAUCGGGUGCGCUGCUCCAAGGAAGUUAUUUUAUCGGCCGGAACCAUCGACUCGGCGAAGCUGUUGAUGCUUUCCGGAAUCGGACCGAGGGACCACCUCGAAGAACUCGGCAUCAAGGUCGUCAAAGAUUUGAAGGUUGGCUAUAAUCUGUACGAGCACAUCGGAUUCCUCGGGCUGACCUUCAUGGUCAACCAGAGCGUUACUCUGCUCCAAAAAAGUUUGGUGAGGCCAAACGUGCUGCUGAAUUACGUCGUGAGACAAAAUGGACCGGGAACUAUUCCCGGUGGAAUCGAAGCCCUCGCUUUUAUCCGAAGUAAGUACGUCCUGGACGAAAGACCGGACCUGGAGCUGGUCUUCGCUUCGGGAUCACUGCACUCUGAUAACGGAAUCACUGCUACGAGAGCAUUGGGAAUCACCGAAGAAAUAUACGACGCAGUGUACAGGCCGAUCGAGAACCAAGACGCCUGGUCCAUCUGGCCUGUCAUUCAAAAUCCCCGGAGCAUAGGUCGCUUGAAACUCAAGUCUAAGAAUCCAUUUCACUGGCCUGUAAUGGAACCAAACUUCUUCGACCACCCUGCAGACCUUGAAAUACUUUUGGAGGGCGUUAAACUCGCAAUAAAGGUAUCGCAGACUCGGCCCUUCCAAGUUUACGGUACGCGUCUCCACAAUUUGAAAAUACCCGGUUGUCGAUCCUUCAAAUUCGCAUCCGACGACUAUUGGCGUUGCGCUAUCAAGCACCUCACAGCUGUUUCGAAUCACGAAAUCGGAACCGCGAAGAUGGGACCCAUUUCCGACCCUGACGCCGUAGUCGAUCCCCAACUUAAAGUACACGGCAUCGCUGGACUUCGAGUUGUCGACGCCUCGAUUAUGCCGUCAAUGCCGACAGGGCAUGUGAACGCUCAAAUCUACAUGAUCGGCGAAAAGGCCGCGGAUAUGAUAAAGCGAACCUGGAGAAAGAGGUGACAUGAAAAGUUAUUCGAAAAAAAGUAAGCGGCCCAAGUGCGGAUGUGAAAAUCGAAAGAAGAACUACACGCAUCUUGAAGACUAUCGAUGAAGUCAAGACUUUCUAACGUGAUAGGUAUCGCACGUGCACGCUCCGUGUGCGUCUUAUUUCAUUAUCAUCUGUGUUACCUAAUAUUUGUAUGUACGUUCAGCUAUACAUGACACGACUAUUGAUAUAUUUUUAUACCACUA